AUGACAAUGACCAACAGCUCUGCAGACGACCUCCCGGCCCCCUGGAUCCGCCAGUGGGACAACAACUACAACACUUGGUUCUACAUCAACCCCUCGACCAACCCUCCCACCACGACCUGGAACCACCCCAACGCUACGGCCGGCCAGGCGCACCCCGAGCAGGUCCACGCCGCCCAGGUUGUGCAGACCGCCCAGCAGACCGGCCAGUACCAGGCUCCCGGCGCGACCGCCAACCCCGGUUCGGAGGAUGAGCGUGGCCUCGGUGCCAACCUUCUCGGUGCCGGCGCUGGUGCCAUGGCCGGCAAGAUGACUGGUGGCUCGACCGGCUCGAUGAUCGGCGGUGCCGCCAUUGGCGGUCUUGGCACUGCCCUCAUCACCAAGCUCCUCGAGAACAAGUCGCACAACUCGAUGUCCAUGGGCGGCUACAACUCUCCCGGGGGCAUGCCCUCGUUCUUCGGCGGCGGCGGCAACAGCAUGAUGGGCGGUGGUAUGGGUGGUGGAUUCGGCGGUGGCGGCCAUCACGGAGGACACCACGGUGGUGGUGGUGGUGGCUUUGGCGGUGGCUUUGGCGGCCCCGGUGGUGGCUUUGGCGGCCCCGGUGGUGGUGGUCACCACGGCGGCGGCGGCCACCACGGAGGUGGUGGUGGUGGACGCUGCGAGGAUAGCAGGUUCUGUGGCGUCUACGUAUAA